AUUUAUUUUUUCUUUUUUGUUUCCGAAUCGAGUGAAGUUCCUAUGAAUUCGUUGCUUCGUCUGCGCGCGAUGCGCCUGGAAGUCUCCAUGAAUCAAGUUCUCGGUGGUUGGUUGCUCCCAUCAUCCCUGCAAAUUUUCGUGCAGCCUAGUCGGCCGUUUAAGUCUUUACGAUCGAGUCACUGCAGGUUGCGAGGUUUAUGUUUCGGCCCAUUGGAAACUACAUUGAAAAAUCAGUGACGACAUGUCCGCGCGGGUGUCUAUGUGCUGAUUGUUUUGAAAGCUUGGGGGUGGUGUUUAGCACGAUUGUUGUGGUAGAGCAGGGUUAGGGUUAGGGCGCGAUGUGUUCCGGUAGUUGGCAAGAUAGGUGGUGUUACGGUAGCUCAGUCUCGUUUCAAACUUCGGUUCGUGAAUCCGGUUUGAGGUGAUAGAGAGUGAGUUUUGAAGAGUGCUGGAACGAGUUGUUUUUAUGGACAACGUUUUUCAUUGUGUGACCCGAGGGUCGUGUCCGACAUCAGCUAGUUUAGCUGUAAGAUGCCAUAGUCGCUUCUCUCCAUCUUUGGACAUGGUUGAGUGCUUUGUUGAAAACGUGUCUCACUUAUGAGGGACAAGUUCAGUGCAGAAGCAGCCACAUUCAAGUGUAAUUUGAAACUUGAGGAGUAUAGCUUACAUGUCGUCACUGAUUUUGAGGUUUUGGCAGGCGCAGGUGCUUGUCCUCUCAAGUCUGAAAUUCCUUCCGUGCAAGCGUCAACUGUGUCUGGGAUGUUCUCGGCAGCUUUUACUGGACACGGUGCUGCACCGAGUAAUUGGAUUGCUGUGUACUCCUUACACUGUCUAGUUUCUGCAUUAUGGCCGCUCUCAAUUCAAACUCCAUGACUGAAGGACAUGCGUUAGCGCCCGGUGAUGGAAGUAAUGCUGUUGUGAUUUCCUCUAGGAGUGCAGAAGAUUCUGAAGAGGGGAUGAUGGAGCAGCUUACUGCUUUGGAAAAUCAGCAGGCAUUCUGGAGGGUGUACCACCGAAAUUCCCCCACAUGGGCAUUCUUCACAACGAAUGAUAGCUGUGCUGUAGACCUCGUCAAGCCUCAGCUUAUGAGAUGCAUCGUUUGCCAUCCUAGCAGAAGGGAAACACUGGGUCUCCGCAGUACACGUUGUCGGAAAGGCGUGGUGCUGUACAACAAAGAACAUGGCACGUCCGCCAUGAAAAGACAUGUACAUGCUGAGCACCCACAGGCUUUCAGCCGGUACAAAGCAUUACGAAGUUCUUCUGAACCUUCUCAGGUUGCACCUCGUCAGCCUUCUAAGAAGAGACCUGGUCCUUUUCCAAGCCCAUUAGCCUAUGGAUAUCCAGGCACAUUAGCUAAUGUAUAUGCAGGCACCAACCCACAAAAGGAGGACGAGCAACAUCAACAAUUCCUUGAAGACUUGGCUUUGUACAUUUUGAAAGCGUAUCAACCACUCUCCAGUGUGGAGAAUAUUUGGCUGAGAAGGUUGUUGCUGAGUCAAUGCCCUCGCCUUCUGUUUCCUUCACGCCUUGAGUUGUUGGAUGCCGUGAUUCCGAAGUUAGAGGCGAAGACAUUGGAGAAAUACGUCAUUCCUGCUCUCACAGGUUGCACCACGGCUACGAUGUCUUUUGAUUUGUGGAUGUCGUGUUCAGAGUGGAGCACCUACGCCGUAGUUGUCAACUUCCUUAACGAUGCGUGGGUUCCUUGCAACGUCACUAUUGGUCUCCUGGAGACAUCUAGCAUGGCAGAGGUGCCGUUAGAAGUGCAGCUGCAGGAUAUUCUGAGCCGCUUCAAUCUCUCGACGCGUAUAAUUGCAUACGUUAAAGAUGAAGGCGGCAGCCUGGAUAUCAUAACCUCAGCAUUGGCUUCUGUGGCUUCUUGUGAGGUCUUGGAAAUGGAUGUACCUUACGCGGGCGCUUGCUUCGGCCAUGCGUUUUCAAAAUGUUGCGAGCAUGCAACUGACAACUCUAAGGUUUGUGCUGGGUUUAGGGCGGUCAGUUUGAAGGAUGUUCAAGGUUCUCUACAAAAAUCCAUUACGUGGAUUCAACAAACUCGAAAAGGAAGGCAAGAAUGGGAAAAGGUUUGUGCGGAGAAGCAGUUGCUACCGCGGACGUUGAAACCUCCUGUCAAGAAGAGAUUUGCAUCAAGGGCAUUGUUUUUCCAGGAGUCCCUGCAUUACGCUGAAGCCAUCACCUCGUUCUUUACUAGACAAAGCCCUGAGCUGCAGUUCCCAAUUCCAAGUUCACAAACAUGGGCCGUUGCAAGAGCUGCUACUGAAACCCUUGUCCCUGUUGUUAAGCAGAGUGUUCUGAAGCAAAAGACAGGUUUCUGGUUCUUGUCCGAGGCUCUUGCAGCAGCUCUGUCUUUGUUUAUUCACUUUCGACAAACUCGCUUUCUUGCCAGUGAAGUAGCCGCGUCCAAUGGUGACGACUUUGAUAGUGAGCUCUUGGAUCUUAAGUCAAGAAUGGAAGAUGAGGUAUUGGCUGUGCUUGAGCCUUUAUUAUCUUUUGCUUCAAACUUUUCGCGGCAGAACGCGCACAACAUGCUGGCACUCAUGUUGGACCCACGCUUUAAGGGGUUAGGUCUUGUGCGCGACUACGUCGGAGCAGAUAAGGUUGUGGUUAUCGUGUUAGAGUAUGAUAAUAUGGUCCUGCUACCCUUAUUGAUGCAGUGCUACAAGCGCUUACAUCCAACAGCUCAAAGUCAGGAACCUGUUACCCCCAUUUCUGAGAAUUCCAUCUUUGGAGCUCAAGCAUCAGCGGAGGAAGUGAUCUUAGAACAGUUGAAAUCUGAGCUAUCUUUGUUCAGAAGGCUGCAUGUUGCUGAUGGGGAGUACGACAGCCCCCUUGCCUGGUGGCGAAAGCAUGAGAAAGAAUUUCGAAAUGUUGCCUUCUUGGCUCGACAAAUCCUGGGAAUCGUCGGAUCUCAAGUUGAAAUCGAAAACAUUUUCAGCAUAGCAGGUGUGAUUCUUUCUCAACAGCGGCGCAGACUAGGCAUAAAUCAUUUAGAAAAGUUGGCGUUUAUUUCCAAAAACUGGCCAGAUGAGCGAAAUAAUGCUGGGAAGUCAGAGGUUGAAUCUAUCGAGCAUUUUCUGGAAAUCGAGGACAGGAUCAUCGAGGACAAUAUCCACCUUGUUGAAGAAGCUGAUCUGUUUGAGAAAUCAGGCCCUCAUUAGCAAGGUUUCUUGUGCAAUUACAAUUACUUUUCCCGGCCAAACUUGUAUUUAUUUUAUUCCGUUAGAUUGAAGCCGUGAGUGUCGGAAAUAAUCACAGUACAUGUUCCGAAGCGUGCGAUCACUGCAAGAAUGUCCGAACUGGUAUAACUGCAGUAAUGCCCUUUGUUGCAUCCAAUCAUCACGUUUUUCAGGAGGUUGCUGAUGAUCAACCUCUUCAAGACAUAAGCAGUAACGUAGAAGUUCUCUGUUCUGUAUAAAUUUUUGUUCUUCGCUCAAUGGCAUGUAUUUCAAACCAUCAUGACCUGUAAAGAUGUGCUUUCUGGUUCAGUUCAAGGACUGAAAUGAGCAAUACAAAUCCAAUUAUUUCUUGUGGAAUCCACUAA